AUGGCGGUCGGUAAUGAGAGUGAUCGGUACUCCCCUACCACCAAGGAGGAGGAGGGUAUCGCUACCAACAGCGAUGGCCCCGUCAACGACACCUCGGUUCCUUAUGUCUCUGAGGAGACGGAGAACCGUAUUUUGAAGAAGCUUGACAGACGUAUCAUUCCCAUGGUCUGCUGGAUCUAUCUCAUGAACUUUAUGGAUCGAGUUGGUAUCGGUAAUGCUCGUCUCUACGGUUUGGAGGAUGAGCUCAACAUGGGAAACAAUGAGUACCAACUUGCCGUGUCAAUUCUCUUCGUCACGUAUUGUUUGUUCGAAACUCCCUCCAACCUUAUCAUCAAGAAGAUGAAGCCCGCCCGAUACCUCGCCGGUCUCUGCUUCUUCUGGGGUCUUGUCGCCUCCUUCACUGGUUUCGUCAACAACCUUGGCUCUCUGAUCGCUUGCCGUCUUCUUCUCGGUACUUUCGAGGCCGGUCUUUUCCCCGGUAUCAUGCUGUACCUCACCACCUUCUACCACAAGAAGCACAUCUCGCUCCGCAAUGCCUACUUCUACUCCAUCUCUGCCAUCUCCGGUGCCGUCGGUGGUCUUGUCGCUCUCGGUAUCGGAGAGCUGGAUAACUACGAUUGCGAGGGGUGCGGUGCUGGCGGAUGGAGGGCUUGGCGAUGGAUCAUUACCAUCAACGGUAUCCCCACUGUCUUGACUGCUCUCGCUGUUCCCUUCGUCCUUCCCAACGAUCCCGCCACAGCCAAGUGUCUCACACCCGAGGACCGUCAGGCACUUAUCGAUCUUCGAAGCGCUGAGAUUGGUCAGACCGCAGCUGGCCAGGAGAUGCACAAGGAGGACGUCAUUGCUGCCAUCAAGGACUGGAAGAUCUGGGCCCUUUCAAUCGCUCAGUACUGCAGCCACUCUGUCCUUUACAGUUUCAGUGUCUUCUUGCCCACCAUCAUUAAUGAGAUGGGAACCUGGACUCCCAAGCAGGUUCAAGGUCUUACCGUCCCUGUCUACAUCGUUGGCUUUGCUACCUACCUCAUCUGCGCCCGAAUCAGCGACCGCACUCAGCAGCGAGGUCUCUUCUGUAUCGGUGGAGGACUCGUCAUGAUGCUCGGCUACAUCCUGCUCAUCAUCAACUACAACCAAGCCAUGAGUUUCGCUGGCUGCUUCAUUGUCGCCAUCGGUCUUUGGACUGGAUCUGGAUCCGGUAUGGCUUGGAUCACUGUCAACCAGCCCCGAUACGGCAAGCGAGCGUUCGCCAGUGGUAUCUUUAUCACUAUCGGAAACUCUGCUGGUGUUGCCGCCCCCUUCCUCUUCAGCAACGCCGAUAAGCCUCACUACCGCCCCGGAUACGGUGCUACCAUCGGCAUGCUGGCCCUCGCUGUGAGCAUUCACACUACUGUCUAUCUUCACUUUCGACGUCUUAACCACAGAAAGCUUUCUGGUCAGGAGGACUGGAGAAUGGAGGGCAAGACUGAGGAGGAGAUUAAUGAGAUGGGCGAGUACAACCCCCGCUACAUGUACACCCUGUAA